ACAAUCAUUCUAAUUACUUGUAAUGUCUAUACUCUUCAGAGAUCAUAUUUGACCUUAAGAAUUUCCCCAAAUAGAUUUUGGUAUAGUGGUGUUAGUUUCAAUGAUUUGCACAAUUAAAUACAUCAAACUCAGCAAUUUUGUGUGGGUGUGGCAGGGAUUGGAGAGAUUAGCAAAUGACUUUUAACUUCCAUUAAUCAAAAUAUAGCUAUAUCACUUGAGUUUAUGAAGACUUCACUGAUUUUUAAUAAGUUUUUUUCUGCCAGUGAGCAUUAGAUUACUGCUGACUUUUUAGUGUCAUAGUACCUUGUGGUAGUUUUUCUAUAGGCUCAAAGGUCUAUGCCUAGAUUUUUUUUCCUGUCCUGUCCAAGGGAUAUAAUCUGGACAAAUGCUAUAAGGAGAAUACCUCCAGAAGUUCAUACAUGCCAUUAAUAUAUUAUAAGUAUAGGUCAGUUCCAUUGUCUUCUUUUGUCAAUCUUUAUUGGAGCUUGCUGAGUAAGUCUAUAAGCCUGCAUAUGCCUGGCAACUGUUACCUAGUGACAGUUUCAGCUGCAGUAGCCAUUGGCUGUGCUGUUCACUGGGGCAGGAGGACCGAGUCACCUUUCUGAUGGUGAGUUCUUCUGCAUCAGCUCAGGAUGAGGAGGAGGAGGAGCCGGGCUUGGGCUCAGGUGGAGGCAGUGCUACUGAGAGAUUGUGAAGAAUAUACAGCAUCUUUGUAAUUGCAUCACAGUAAAUCGGACUUCUGAAUCAAGCAGCCCAGCCUAGCAGCUGAUAAGAAUGAAUGUAGGUGAGAAGCAUUACCUUAUGCCUGUAACAAGAGAACUAUUUUGUGACAAGUGAAACUAGAAAUGUGCAAGGAGGAAUAUCCUGAGGAUAUUAUAAAAAAAGGACUUCCCUGAAUGACUUGAUUGUGCACGAGAAAAUAACUUUCGGAAGAAUGCUUUCUACUAAGCUGCUGCAUUGUUCCUGAAGGAAGUGUGUUUAUUUCUAGAGCAUGUUAUUUCUUCAAAAGGUAUGACAACAAAGACUGACAAGAGAAGCUCUGAAAUGCCUGUACUUUAAAAAAGACUUUUGGCAAAUGUUAACUUGAUGUAUGAAUGACCUUGGAAGCCUUUUGGAUGGAUUGUUUCGUUCUAUCUUGCCAGAUUUUCAGUAUUUCAAACUCUAGGAUUUAAACUCAUCUCAAAGCUUUAGAGGCAUUUUAAAACAAACCACCUCGAAACUUACCUAAUGGCCCCUGUAUUAAUUGAGCACUUGCUCAAAAUAGAAUACAGAAAUAUAAGAGGCAUUUUCUUAACGUAUGGCUGCUACAUAAUUGCAAAUGUAACAAACAAGCUUAUUCCCUUCUCUAUCCCCCCCAAGCUGAGGUGUGUCACUGCUGCACUGAGGCUGAUGAAGAGACUUGAGCACUCUCUGGGACGCUCAGCUGUGACAGAAGCACUGACACUGACUACUGAGGCAGAUUCUGAGGCACUCAUGUGCAGAGCUUAACAGAUGCUGGGCAAGGUACCUGAUUGCUGUAGCCAGGGCUGCAGGUUUCCUUAAUUUCAAGCCAUGAAUGAAUCCAGGUGGACUGAAUGGAGGAUACUGAACAUGAGCAGUGGCAUUGUGAAUGUGUCUGAGCGUCAUUCCUGCCCACUUGGAUUUGGUCACUACAGUUCAGUGGAGAUCUGCAUCUUUGAGACAGUUGUUAUUGUAUUGCUAACAUUUCUAAUCAUUGCUGGGAAUUUAACGGUCAUCUUUGUCUUUCAUUGUGCUCCACUCUUACACCAUUAUACUACCAGCUAUUUCAUUCAGACAAUGGCAUAUGCUGAUCUUUUCGUUGGAGUUAGCUGCUUGUUUCCUACUCUCUCACUUCUCCACUACUCUACAGGUGUCCACGAGUCAUUGACUUGCCAGGUUUUUGGAUAUAUCAUCUCAGUUCUAAAAAGUGUUUCUAUGGCAUGCCUUGCUUGUAUCAGUGUGGAUCGCUACCUUGCAAUAACCAAGCCUCUUUCCUACAAUCAACUGGUCACCCCUUGUCGCCUGAGAAUUUGCAUUAUUUUGAUUUGGAUCUACUCCUGCUUAAUUUUCUUGCCUUCUUUUUUUGGCUGGGGCAAACCUGGUUACCAUGGUGACAUUUUUGAAUGGUGUGCCACCUCUUGGCUCACCAGUGCCUAUUUUACUGGCUUUAUUGUUUGUUUACUUUAUGCUCCUGCUGCCUUUAUUGUCUGCUUCACUUACUUCCACAUUUUCAAAAUUUGUCGUCAGCACACCAAAGAGAUAAAUGACCGAAGAGCCCGAUUCCCUAGCCAUGAGGUAGAUGCCUCUGGAGAGACUGGACACAGCCCUGAUCGUCGCUACGCCAUGGUUUUGUUUCGGAUAACCAGUGUAUUUUAUAUGUUGUGGCUCCCCUACAUCAUUUAUUUUCUUUUAGAAAGCUCCCGGGUCUUGGACAACCCAACAUUGUCUUUCCUAACAACCUGGCUUGCUAUAAGUAAUAGUUUCUGUAACUGUGUAAUAUACAGCCUCUCCAACAGUGUUUUCCGACUAGGCCUCCGAAGGUUGUCUCAGACAAUGUGUACAUCUUGUAUGUGUGUGAAGGAUCAGGAAGCACGGGAUCCCAAACCUAGGAAACGGGCUAAUUCCUGCUCCAUUUGAAGAGAACAGCACAGUAAAUCAAAUGUAAUCUGACAGUGGUUUUGGAUCGUAUUCUUGAUUUAUCUGGAAAAUUGCCACUGGAUAAAUAUUUAUUUGAAUAGUUGACUAUGAAAUGAAGGAUGGGAUUGAAGGUUUCUCCCCCCACCCCUUCCUUUUUCAUGGAAAAAACAACUAAAGCAAAGGAUGUAUAGAGGGUAAUCUCAUGAGGUAAUUAUAGCGUGUGAGUAUAGUUGUGCAGUAAUAGAAAAAAUUAAGCACUGAGGAUGAAAAACGUAUCUAAAAUCUUCCACAGGACAUGAAGUAAGCCCCUCGAUGUCUCUUGUCUCUGUCUGACUUACCUCUGUUUGUCUCUCUCAUUCUCUUUCUAUGUGUUUGUAGAAGUUACUUACAGACAUUGCCUGUUAUAGAAAAAAAUGCUACAUAUUAUAUAUGUUUCAAAGUACAACCUUUUGCAUCAAAGUGUACUUUUAGACACACUAAUUGACAAUCCAUAAAUGGUCUCUCCGUGGAGGGUGCAUAGUAAGUGUUGUAUUUUAUUGCUUGCCACACAACUCCUUUGCUUGUGUUUUGUAAUGCUCUCUGCAGCACAAAUUUUCUGCUAUAAACAAAAAGAAAGUAGUAUUUUUUCUUCUGGGUAAAAUAGUAUAUGCUUUCUCCCCUCUUUCUAAAAGCCUGCUAUUUUUUUCUCUCACUUUUUCUUGACCUGCAUCCUUUACUACCUUCACCCAAAAGUGUCUUAUCUAAUGAAGGAAUCUUCUGUAUAAAGCAAUCAUAAGGUUAAAAAUAAUUUACUCCUUCCAACAAAGCAAUCUAGUAGCCUGUUUGGGAAUGAUUGUGUUAAAUAUAUUUAUUGGUGUUUGGAAACAUUUUUUCUGGUUCCUUUAAAAUUAGUUCAUAUACCUAAAGUGUUGUCUUUUUGCUAUAAGUAAAGCUUUUUUUUUUCUUUAAGAAAAUCCACAAAUAAAUUCUAAUGCAAAGGCAGGGUACUUAGCAGUGAGGUAUUCUUACUGUUGAUCAGAAUGUCUAUAAAAAAAUAACUAAUUAAAAUGUUAAUAUUUUGUGUUAGAUCUAAAAUAGCUUACUAUUGUGUCCAUCAGUUAUUUGUGUGAUAUACUCUUGCACAUACCAUAAUUUUACAACAAAGAAAAUGUAUAUUAUAUAAUGUGGUUUGUGCCUAAUGUUUUCUUAGCACAAUAAGUAGAUCAAUUUGUUUAACUUGUCAACAUUGGAAAAAAUAUAUACAAAAAUUCCUUUAAGAGAGAAAUACUUUUGUGUAUUUAGAUAUUAUUUAGAUAUUAGUAUUAGAACAAGCUGCAUUUUUAGUGCUGCUGAGAAUGUAAUAUACUUAAUUAUCAAAUAUAGGUAAGAGUCAUCAUUAUUUUCUUUUGUAGUGAUCUGUUUUCAGAUUUAGAUAUUAAUGUAUUUUUUUAUUGUGCUACAUAGGAUUGCAUAAUAAAGUGUCAGGGGUUUAGAUGCAGCAAAGUGGGCAUUUGGAGAAUUAGUAGUAAGGAAGGUGUGAGCAUUAAAACAUCUAAAUCUUACUUUUUUAUCCUAAGUUUCCUUACUGAAAGAUAUUUUAAAAUUUAUAGCAAACUAUUGAAUAUUUUCUUCUCAGAACUUCUGAUUUCUUUGUUUUAUGAAAUGCAUUUAAUGAAAUGUGCCUAUGACUUUUCAAAUCGGAAACCAACCAUGUUUGCAAACUGGUGGUUUGACUUCAGAGAUCCUUUACUAAAAAUGUUGUUUUAUUGAGGUUGUUCUGAACCCCUGUAUAUUUUUUAAACAUGUAAGAAAGAUUUAAAAUAAAGAAUAAAAUAGUAUUCUAUAUAUCAAAA